AUGGGGCCCCCAGGCAAUAGGGGAUCAUGGGGCCCCUGUGUCCUUGCCCAAACUCAAAAAAAAAAAAAAGUGUACCAGGGGUAUCUCAUGGGGCCCCCUACUGACCCUGAACCCUCAAGCAGUGCCCGAGUUUCCAAAUGGCUAGUCCGCCCCUGGGGCGGACUGACAACUCAUGGGGCCCCCGGGCAAUAGGGGAUCAUGGGGCCCCCGUGUCCUCGCCCACACCCAAAAAAAAACUAUAAAAAGGUACCAGGGACAUCUCAUGGGGCCCCCUACUGACCCCGGGCCCUCGGGCAGUGCCCGAGUGCUCAAAUGGUCAGUCCGCCCCUAACC